AUGGAAGAAUGGCCGGAUAACAAAUUCUACUUUUCAAAUUUUGACAUAAUCUAUGUGAAUCAGAAAGCAGUAAAAGGGAGAGCAAUAGCAGAUUUUCUAGUCAGUAGAGCUUUAGAAGAUUACAAGCUUUUGAACUUUGAUUUCUGGAAUGAAGAUCUGAUGUAUGUUGUAACCAUUGAAGAAUAUGCUCAAGAUAGACAUCAUUGGAAGCUAAAUUUUGACGAAGCUUUAAAUACUGUGGGUAAUGAAAUCGAGGCAGCCUUGGUAUCCCAAAACAGAGAUCAUUAUCCCUUUACUAGUAAGUUGGAUUUUGAUUGUACGAACAAUAUGACAGAAUACGAAGUAUACAUCAUAGGUAUCUGUAAAGCCAUAGGACUCAAGAUCAAAGUACUAGAGGGAUAUGGAGAUUUUGCACUAGUGAUCUAUCAACUCAAAGGUGUAUGGGAGAUGAGAAACGCCAAAUUGAUAAAUUAUCACAUGCUGGUUCUUGAGUUAAUUGAAGAGUUUGAUGACAUCACUUUCUACUACCUUCCGCGAGAUGAAAAUUAG